AUGUUUGUAGUACCACGCGAAAAUAGAUCUCCACCUCCCCCUGCAAACUUAAUAAAUUUAGAUAAAACUUUUGAAGUAGAGUCUGGCGCUUCUAGAGAUUUAGAAACGAACUACACAACUCUCAACCUAACAACUAGAGCCAGAGCUGAAGUCACUAAAAUCAGAAGGGCAGUCACAGAAUCCCGCAACCUAAGGAGUGACCUAAAACAAAAAAUUCUAGAAUCCACAGACGAACUUAACAUUAUUCUCAAAAAUAUUAAAGAAAGCGCUGUAGGAAACAAACAAUGUCUGCCAUCACCAACCCUACCGACUCGUAGAAUGGACCCGGAGAAUGCUCCAACUUCAACCACCAUUCCAUCCACCACCAUAGAACAUAAAAUCCUGGAACACCUAAAAGAAAAUAAAGAACUGAUUAAACAACAAACCGAAGAAUUAAAUAAACUCAAAAAAGAAAUUAAAACUAAUAAGCAAGAAAUAAAACAUAACGAAAGCGGAAAAACAAUAAUCGAGGAACUAAACAAUAUGAACAAAAAACUUAGUGAAAUAGACCAAAAGAUAAUAAAUAUAAAAUUUACUAGUUUAGAAGAAUUGAACCUAGACACUAUAAAAGAGGAAACAAGGAAUAUUAAUAAGCUACAAGAAAUAAUGAAAGAGCAAAUCAAAAUACUAAAAGAGGAAAGUAAUAAUAUGAAAAGCGAUAACAAUUUGGAGGAACUCAAAACAUUUAUAGACAGGAAACUAACCUAUGCAAACAUUGCCGCAAGACCCAAGGAAACUAAAAUAUCAGAUUUUAAAGAAAAAGAAACGGAGGUUCACUCAAUUAUUGUUAGUCCAAUAAAUGAAAAGGAAACAGGAGAGGAAGUUAUAAAAAGGAUUAGAUCUGCAGUAAAUGCUAAGGAGGAAGGAAUUCAAAUAGAUAGGAUCAGAAAAAUUAAAGAUGGGAAAGUAAUUGUAGGUUGUAAAGAUAAAGAAGGAACAUCGAGAAUAAGGAACAAAUUGGAAAAGGAAAAGGAACAUCUGAGUAUAAAGGAAAUAACUAAUAAAGACCCACUUAUAAUAAUCAAAAACCUGCUAAGAGGACUUCAGAGUGAAGGAGAAAAAUACCGUAGAAGGGCAAGAAAUCCACACGAAGAACAUGUCAUUCUCCAAGUAUCCCCCAAGCUCUGGAGUGCUCUCACUGCAGCUGGGAAAAUACAUAUUGACCUACAGAAAGUCCACGUCGAAGAUCAAUCCCCCCUCGUACAAUGCACUAGAUGCCUCGGAUUCGGACACGGAAGGAAGAAUUGCGAGAGCAAGGAGUCCGAGGCUGCCCGAUUAGAAACCGAUGGGAAGCGAUUGCCAGGCGCAGCUACAAUUAUUACUGCUAAAGACAAGGACACCAAUAAUAAAACAGCAACCAAGAAUGGUAACAAUAACACCUACAAAUCCAUCCAAAUCAACCUUGGACGAAGCAGAAACGCCCUUCAUGAACUUCAUGUUUAUUUAACGGACAAUGCCCCUGAUUUCGUCUUUAUCAGUGAACCUUAUACUAGCAACAUUAACCAAAUGAAACUUAAUAAUAAUGACUACACCCUCUACCAAUUCCCAAUUACACACCCCACCCUUGCAGCCCUCGCCAUUCGUAAGAAAGCCGCUUCCACGCUAGGUAUGUCUGCUUACUCGACCUCCAACCUUUGCAUCAUCCAAUGUAGAGAUAAAACUUCUGGCAGAAAGAUUUUCCUUAUCUCUGUUUACGUGGAACCCCGACAUGACUCCUAUGACACACUCUCCAAACUAGAACACUUCAUCCUAUCUAAUCCUAACGCUUCCUUCCUCGUCUGCGGAGAUUUUAAUGGGUGGCAUAGUCUGUGGGGCUCCAGGACCAACAACCAUAGGGGCGAGGAUGUCUUUGAUUUCAUCUCAACAAAAAACUCACCACAUUCAGAUAUAACACUACACAUGUUCGCUGGGAUGAAAUUUCAGACAGGUUUGCGGACGAGGUUGGAAGAGAACUUCCCCCCAUCGAUGUCAUCUCUGAAGCUACCCCCCAUUCCCUUGACUGUAUUGUUACCAGACUUUCCCAAACAAUCUCAAAGACAUGUGACAAAAUCCUUCCUAAGUCCCGCCAUGCUCCUCCUAAAGCACCAUUCUGGAAUGAAGAACUCCAAACUCUGA